AUUAGCUCCCGGACAGAGCCUGGCUUGGCAGUUGAGAAGUACUCGGAGGAGGCACAAAGACAACGUUUUCACAGAGCUCAAAUCCUUGUGUUCAUGGUUCUCUGUGUAAACUCGUAUCAGCCAUGGAACUCAACCCUCCCAACACUCAUUCUCCUCCCAAAAUGCAGAACUUUAAACGACGUAAAUCAAAUCCAUGCGAGACUUAUAACAACUGGGUUUAUCAAGAACACCUCUCUCACCACCAAAGUCAUCCUCAAUUUCAUUUCUUCACCUCAGCAGCAUCUCAUUGAAUUCGCUCGCUACAUCUUCUUCACGCGGCACGCUUUUCGGAUUCGUCGAGAACAAGAGGACCCUUUUCUUUGGAAUGCUCUUAUAAAGUCGUAUUCUCAUGGGUGUGAACCAAAACGAGCUUUGGCUUUGUUUUGUUUGAUGCUUGAGAAUGGGAUUUGUGUGGACAAGUUUACUUUCUCUUUGGUAUUGAAAGCGUGUUCCCGGGUGGGUUUGGUGGAGGAAGGAAUGCAGGUUCAUGGGCUGUUGAAGAAAAUGGAGAUUGGCUUGGAUGUGUUUUUGCAGAAUUGUGUGAUUGGAUGGUAUUUGAGAUGUGGGUUUGUUGAAUUUGCUAGGCAACUGUUUGAUAGAAUGCCAAAGCGGGACUCGGUUUCGUAUAAUUCGAUGAUUGGUGGGUAUGUUAAGUGUGGGAUGAUUCAAUCCGCACGCGAUUUGUUUGAUUGUAUGCCAGUGGAGGAGAGGAAUUUGAUUUCGUGGAAUUCAAUGAUUAGUGGUUAUGCACAAUCUAAAGAUGGGCUUAAUGUUGCAUGGGAUUUGUUUGCGAAAUUGCCUGCUAGAGAUUUGGUCUCUUGGAACACAAUGAUUGAUGGGUGUGUAAAGCAUGGCAAGAUGGAAGAUGCCUAUCAUUUGUUCAAUCAGAUGCCGAAACAGGACGUGGUUAGUUGGGCAAAUAUGAUAUAUGGGUAUGCAAAAUUAGGUAGUAUUGAUGUAGCUAGAAGUUUAUUUGAUGGAAUGCCAGAAAGAGAUGUUGUUGCUUAUAAUGCUCUGAUGGCUGGCUAUGUUCAAAAUGGUUAUUGCAUGGAAGCUGUAAAAGUUUUUCAUGAUAUGAAAAGUAAGAGCGGAAUGUCACCUGAUAAUGCCACUUUGUUGAUUGUUCUUUCUGCAAUUGCCCAAUUAGGACACAUUGAAAGAGGUAUUUCUGUACAUCACUAUCUAGAGGCAAACGGGUUCUCUUUGAGCGGAAAACUUGGGGUUGCCCUCAUUGAUAUGUAUUCUAAAUGUGGCAGCAUAGGGAAUGCUAUGUCAGUUUUUGAGGAUGUUGAACAAAAAAGCGUUGAUCAUUGGAAUGCUAUGAUUGGUGGAUUGGCCAUUCAUGGCUUGGGUGAAUUGGCUUUUGAUUUGCUCAUGGAGAUGGAGAAGCUUUGUGUCAAACCUGAUGAUAUUACAUUCAUUGGGGUGUUAAAUGCUUGUGGCCACGCCGGCUUGGUGAAGGAAGGUCUGAUGUGUUUUGAGCUUAUGAGAAGAGUUCACAAGGUGGAACCAAAGUUGCAACAUUAUGGAUGCAUGGUUGACAUUUUUGGCCGCGCUGGGCUUAUAGAAGAAGCCAGGACAUUAAUAGAGGAAAUGCCCAUCGAGCCAAAUGAUGUGAUUUGGAGGACGUUGCUUAGUGCUUGCAAAAAUCAAGAGAACUUCAAUAUUGGAAGGCCUGUAGCUGACCAUCUAAUGAUGUUGGAUUUUUGUAAUCCAAGUUCUUAUGUGCUUCUGUCUAACAUGUAUGCUCGUCUAGGUAUGUGGAACGAUGUUAGCAGAGUUAGGAUGAUGCUGAAGGAAAGAAACCUAAAGAAAAAUCCUGGUUGCAGUUGGAUUGAACUCGAGGGAACUGUCCAUGAGUUUUUUGUUCAAGAUAAGUCCCACCCUCAAGUUACAGAGAUCUAUUCAAUGUUAAAUAGUUUGUGGAUUCCCAAUUCAGAGCACACCUAUUGUACAAGUAAAUUGCUGAAUGCAACUCUGUAAAAAGACACCCUCAUCUUUACCAAAAGUCUCUGUAAACAUUGACUGUCCAAAAAUGCUGCUCUUUGCUCUGCAUAUUGAUAGCCGAAUGUAAGUAUAUAAUGAAGCUUAAACGUCUAUUUCCUUUUGGAGGAAUUUGAGUUCCACUUGAGACAGCAUUCUGCAAGAUAUCAGCAA